AUGAAUCUUCUGUUGCAAGCCUGCGACAUAGUGGCUGUUACGGAGUCAUUUCUCGACGAUACCGUUGAAGAUGCGGAAAUAUCAGGCGGCAGCUGGAGUGUGCUGCGCCGCGACAGGGGUUCGCCGUGCGGUGGCGUGCUGAUCGUAGCUCGCCCCGGUAUACUUUUGCAGCGACGACGUGAAUUGGAAACCGAUUCCGGUGAAGAUCUAUGGGUUUCAUGUAAUAUACAGGGUCGAUCUAUGUUUAUAUGUGUAAUCUAUAUAAAACCCAGUGCAUCCGACGAAGACUACAUGAACUUAUUUUGUAAAAUAGAAAGUUUUAUUUUUGACUUAAAGGGAUUAGUGGUUAUAUUGGGGGAUUUAAAUUUAAACAGUGCAUCCUAUAACAUAGUCUGUUAUUAUUCAUAUUUUGUGACACUUUGCGGCUUAACCGAGCAUAAUAACAUUGUGAAUACUCAUGGGAGCAUUCUAGAUGUAGUACUGGUCCAAGAGCAUGUUGAAACGAUAGUCUCUGAUACGGAGGGAAUGGUUCCACCUGAUUUAUACCAUCCCCCUCUUAACAUUAAGAUGAAUAUUCGUACAGCUAAACACUCUGACAGAUUGGAGCCUAGCAACAUAAGCAAUUCCAAAGAUUGGAAUUUCCGCAAACUUGAUUAUGAACAACUCCUUAUUCUAAUGUCUAUGGUAUCUUGGGAUGUUCUUUUGACUGCAACCGAUGUACAGUCAGCGAUAACUUGUUUCUACAGAAUUAUGUAUGAUCUUUUUGACUUGUGCAUGCCUAAAAAGAAUAGAAAAAAAGGUAAUAUCAAGCGAUAUCCGGUUUGGUUUACAAACGAUAUUAUCCGCGAUGUAGAAUUGAAAUUAAAGUUACAUUCCAAAUGGAUCAAAACUAAAUGUGUUCAGACUUAUGCUAGGUUCUCAGAAAUAAGAUCUAACUUGAAGGCUUGCAUCCCAGAAGCAUAUGAAAAUUACAUUAGGCGCGCUGAAAGUAAUAUUAAAGCCAAUCCUUUAGGUUUUUGGGACUACAUCAGUAGCUUGCGGGUUAAAGGGGGAUUUGAGCCUAACGUCACUUUAAAUGGUUGCAUGCACUCCGGAGUAGAUGCAGCCGAAGCCUUUGCAAAUUUCUUUGCAGACGUGUUCUUAUCUGAGGUGCCAAAGCUAAGUGUGGAUGAGAGACGAUGGCCAAUCUCAUUGAAACUAGCCAUCUCAGCAGGAGAUAUUAUAGUGCAGCGCGUGUACGCGCAGACACAACGUGCACUCUCUAUUCCUGUCACUCUCAUACUCCGGUGGGACGACUGCUCGAAACGACCAGUGACAGUUAAGGCGCGAGACCGACGACUUAUCGUGCUAUCCGAGGCACGAGGU